AUGGACAUCCCCAUCAGCAGCAGAGACUUCCGCUGCUUGCAGCUGGCCUGCGUGGCUCUCGGGCUUGUGGCUGGCAGCAUCAUUAUCGGCAUCUCCGUAUCCAAGGCUGCAGCUACCAUGGGCGGUGUCUUUAUUGGCGCUGCUGUUCUGGGGUUGCUCAUCUUGGCCUACCCCUUCCUGAAGGCUCGGUUCAACCUGGACCACAUCCUGCCUACCAUAGGGAGCCUAAGAAUCCAUCCCCAUCCAGGGCCAGACCACGGGGAAGGAAGAUCCAGCACCAAUGGCAACAAGGAAGGAGCCCGCAGCAGCCUGUCCACCGUGAGCAGGACCCUGGAGAAGCUGAAGCCGGGGACCCGAGGGGCUGAGGAAUGCUGAGGCAAAGUCUGAGGGGCUGCCCCUGCCCUGCCCUCCCGUCCUGCCUGCUGCCCCUAUCUCAGUGCCCUCCUGGGUUAGAAGACCCGAACUGGAGACAAGUCAGGCCUUGCAGACCCCAGAGCAGCUGGGAACAGUGUCUGGAAUGGGGCCUUUUGCACUCGCCCGGCCAAGCCUCUCCAAAAUGGAUUCCACUGGUGUGGGCUGGGGCCUGGAGCAAGGUGUCGCCAGAUACCUCCACAGGGUUCCCAUGUUUCAGGCUCCUGUCCUGGCCUUUCUUUCUGGACUGCAGCUCAGUUUUGUUGUCUGUUCGAUCUACUGAUUUGUUUCUCCGGAAUUUGGGGUCCAAGGCCCUGACUGUGACCAGGAUGCCCCAGUCCCUUGCUCUAACCAGGCUACAGAAGUGAACCACAGGCCCACAAGAACCACAGACAGGGACCCUCCACCCCCAUGGUCUAGCCCAGGGGCUCUAGAGCUCACUAGCCCAAAAGAAGGGCUAGACAAGAUCCUUUUCCAAAUAUCAGAACUUCUGGCAUUUCCUCAGGGACAGGCUCUCAGCAGCAGUGAAUCAGAUGGGGGAAUUUGGGGGGGCUCACAAAGGGACAGGUACAAACAACCUUGCCUGGGGGUCAGAAGAGGCGACUUCUCAGCUGAGCCCAGCCCUGAGACCCUUGGUGUCUAACUCCACCACUCAAGGCUUUUCGUGAUCUGACUUCUCUCUUCCCAUCUUCUCACUGCUCCCUGAACAAGCAAAACACAUUGCUGUUUCCAAGCUUUGCCCCGUGUUCUCCAGGACACUCCCUGCUUCUCUCUGCCUAUCAAAUUCCCCACUUUUAAAGGCCCCGUUCAAAAAAAGUCUCCUACCCACGUACUCUCCUCAUUCUCUUCCACCAACCUCUGUCUUGCCACCUUUCAGGCAGGGUUGAAGUCUUCCUUUUCACAAAACAAUUAUUAAGCCAAAUUAAGUCUACUGAACGUUGCCCCUGCUCUAGUGUCUAGCACCAGACCAGUAGGUGCUUAAUAAAUGUUAAUGGAUUCAAUUUAAUGUAAAAACAAUUCCCUAGGCUUUCCCUGGGAAGCCACUUCAAAGUCCCAUCUACCGUGGGUAGAGCAAGUUUGGAGAAAGGAGGCCCAGGUGUGUCCUCACAGAAAACAUUGUUCCUCCCUCCACACCUGCACCCUCCAGGCAGAGUUGUUUGACCUCUACAGAUACCCUCUCCAUACGGCCUCUGGCCUGGUUUAGUGAGAAAACAAGCUAGAAAUCACGUCCUUCUUCCAGGAUCAAGGGAGACGGCACUUCCUCUUAGAAGCCUCCCCUGACUUCACUGUGCUUCCCAGCCCCAGGGUUUCCCUCCUUCACAGACCACUCUGAGUGGCCUUUGUCUAUUUCCCCUCUUGAGAGUGGGAGCAAAGGGCCAAGCACCCAGAAGACACCCUAGUGGAUGUUGGAAAACCAAAGUUUUCUGAAGCAGCAGAGUCCAUCUCAGAUGGGAAAGCUGAGGCCCCACUGGAAAAAGGACUCAUCGAGUCCUAUGGUGAAAGGUCACGGGGCCAGGCCUGCAGCCAGGUCUCCUAUCUCUCCCUAUCCAAGGCUCUACCUUCUGCUGUCCUCUGCACAGGUGGAAGGGAUCAGUUCUCUGACCACAGCGCGACAGACCUCCAUGAAGGGGCUGCCUUCCACAAAUGCUGGCCAGGUGUAGAGACUUCAGUUCCUUCAGCUGAGAGAAGCAACUUCCUCUCCUUAAAUUGCCCUCCUCUCCACCCAGCUGCUGCCUAUUCCCUGUCCCUUCUCCUUUCCUUCAUCAACAAUAUCUCAGGCUGCUGGUCCCUCCUCAAUCAAUGGGGAGACCCUUCCUCCUAUCCAUCUUCGAUCCUCACCUCAGUGCCCCAGAGAUACCCCAGGGUGGAGGGGGUGGGAAUGGGGGAUGUGGGGCCUGAGCUGCGGAGAGUGUGAUUCCCUACCCCCUGCCCAUCAACCCCUCUCAGCCAUGCUCUCCCCAGGGC